CUAUAGUCACAGCAAACGGUCUUCACCCUUCCUUUGGUUAUGGUCUUUAGUUAACCGUGAGCAGACAGAGAGUUUAAGGACGGUCCGGUAACCUGCAGUGAGGUUUGCCGCUACUGCUGCACGAGCCCUGUCGGUAACGGAGGCGACAGUCAGAGGAUGAGAGCGCGAGCACUGCAGUAAUGAUGCGUUUUAUUUUGGACUGCUUGAGGACACCGCGCGCGAGGAACCCGAAGGAUGAAGGGGACACCAACGUCGUGGAAACGGACGAGAGGGUCCUCGCCAAGGCAACGGAGAUCAGAGAGCUGGAGAAUGCAGUGACAGUAGAGAACUUGGAGCUUCAGGAGCAGCAGUCGGACCGUAAGGAGCUGGAGGAGACUUUGGUGAACCUAGAAACACACAAAGAGGAGCUGGUGCAGCAAGUGAAGGAAACACGGCAGAUGUGCUAUGAAGAGAGUCAGAAGAUCCUAUCCCUGCAGGCGGAGGAGGUGGUGAAGGAGAGCCAGGUGGAAGAGUACGAGCGAGAGCUGGCCAGAGUCAGGUGGAGGCUGAAGAGGCUCAGGGAUGAGGUGAAGCUGGCCAAGAGGAAGGUGGAGGAAGCUGGAGAGAGGGACACCCCCCUGCAAGACUCCAUCAGACAGUCCUAUGAAGAGAUCCUGCAGGAGGAGCACACGCUGUGCUCUCUGUCAGGAAGUGCGAUGACUCCAGAGAGCCAGCUGGAGGAGUCCACCUCUCCUGCAGACACCACAGAGGACGAUCCACUUCCCAUGAAGCCUUGGGGAAGGAGCCAAUCACUGCCGGCCUAUGCUGACCUCAUCAUGAGGGCCAGUGGCUCGUCUUUUAGCAAUAAUCUGGCAGAUACCAGAGAAGAAGCAGAUGACAGUGGGACCAGCUCACCAAAGAUGGACAGAUCCGACAUAGAGGAUGAUCCAGAGGACGUGCUGUUCAGCAAUGAAGGGAAGGAAGAGAGAGAGACGGAACAGACCACUGUUAGUCCUAACGCUGUCAACCAGCUGGACUUCUACCAAGCAGACCCCUUCGCCCACUGUCAGAGUGAGCAUGACCUCUUCAAUGAAGACCUGUUCCCUAAAACUGACUCAUCUGGGUUUCUAUCUGCUGCUGACACAACUCUUACUGGUGGAUUUGCUUCGGACCCUUUCAAAGGCAGCGACCCCUUCGCAGCAGAUAUUCUGUUUCCAGAGGGGCAGGCCGGGGAUGAUAAGGGGGCGGGAAAUAUUGGGGAUGAAGUGGACACUAGUCUGUCCUGCGCCGAAACCAAAGCCUCGACAGGAACUCAGUGCUUCGAGUCUGAAUUCCCUGACGAAGACAGCGACAUAGAGAUCAGCUACAGCCGAGAGGACCUGGACGCCAUCGCCCAGGGGGAUGAUCCUCGGGGAUUUAAACCCAUCCAGAGCUCGUCUGAGGAGCUGGGGCCGGUGCCUAUCCAGGGCUGGAGGUCCCAGGGUCAGUAUUCCAUAGAAUCAGACCCCAAUGGGUAUGAGCUGGACCUGGGCGCUGUCUCCCCUCCCUCUGACAUAGAAGAACUGAGUCUGGGAUAUCCACCAGAAGAGGCUGCCACCAAGACAACAGCACUUGAACAAGGUCUGAGUUGUGGUUCAUCUCAGGCUGUUCCUGAGCUCUGCGAACAACUCACAGCAUGUGUUGGCAACAUAGAAGAGGAACCUCAAAACCUUGCAACUCCCCAAAACUCACAAGACUCCGAUAACCUUUUCAAUCUGCCAGACUCGGAUCAGAACAGAGACCUCAGCUUUGAUUUAAACUACGAACCAACCAGUCAAUCUUCCUUCGACCCAUAUGGCUUCAAACUAAGUCCAGAGCAUUCAAGUCACACCCUCCUGGACCCUGACGAAGCUGAACUGAGCCCAGAACCCACUGAAAACGACCUGAUCUUUGACACUGAGCCCUCCUCUAGUCAACCAGACCAACUGAACAUUGAUCAGUAUGAGUUUGACAUCACUUCCUCACAAAUGGCGCGGGACUCUGACCCUUAUGGCUUCAAGCUCAGCCCUGAGGAAGAGAACCAAGAGGUACUGGACCUCUGUGGCCAUGAUCCCCAGGAAGCAAUGGAUCUCUGCAACUAUAAUGAUACAGAACAGGUGGAACCCUCUAACUAUAGCAACCAGGAAGUACUUGAACCUGAAAACCAAGAAGUGCUUGAACAUUGCCGCCACAAUAACCAGGAGCUGCUGGAUUUUUGUAACAAUGGAAACCGCGAAGUGGUGGGAGCUUCUGUACUAGACAACAGCGGGUCAGUCAGCAAUGAAAACCACCAACUCCUACAUAUCUGUAGUCAAGACAACCAGGAGGUUGUGGAUCCCUAUUGCAAUACCAUGGAUGAGGAACUACUUGACCCUUGUAACUAUGAUAACCAAGAAAUGCUGGAACCUUGUAACCAUGGCAAUCAGGAACUGCUGGAUUUCUCCCUUCCUGAAAAUAAGGAAGUGCUGGAUUUAGAUAGCCACGGCAACCAAGAUUUAGUGGAUUUUGGUAGCAAAGAAAAUCAGGAGGUUCUAGUUUCAGAUAGCCACGCCAACCAGGAUCUCCUGGAUCUCGGUAGCAAUGAAAAUCAGGAGCUGCUAGAUUUAGGUAGCCAUGACAACCAGGAGGUAUUGGACAUGUUUGGUAAGGAAGUUCUCCCUGAGGCAAACAACAACCGAUGCAUGGUGGAACCAGAGCAUGAUGUCAGUCCCACCACCAACAGCUCCGACAGCAAUGCGGCCUCAGAGGACCUGCUAGGGCUGGGACUCAGUAACACCAGUAUAUGCACCGCCAACAGAACACACACUGCCGACUCAUUCAACACGUCUGCCCCCCAGAACUUUGCUACAUUCAACGCCCCCACCGGUCCCAACCUGCUGGAAGGGGAUCUGGCCUCAGUGUUUGGGGCUGGAGGAUACAUUGGCUGUCCUGAUGUAGCUGACGACCUGGCCCCCCUGGAGAGAAGGCAGGCCAACCCUGUUGCAGAGCCCGUACGACCCGUCAGACCAUUGAGGCCUCCUCGGCCCUCGCUACGGCACAAGGAGAAAGCCCAAUCCCAGAAUAAGGGCAUCGACCUGAAGUGAUCUCUCACCAACCAUCACGCAUGGUUACCACAUCAACAGGCUCCCAUGAGCACCACGGAAAUACAAGAGAUGGAGAGGAAAGGGAGACAAGUAAGAGGAUGGGCCACACCAUGGAGGCAAGUAGAGGGUGGAGAAAAGAAGGGAUGAUUAAAUAGAAGGGAGGGAAAGAACAUCCUGCAAUAAUUCAAGUUCCAGUUUCUUUUUAUGCUCAAGAGGAAAAUUAAAGUCACAAUGGAAAGAUGAGAAGUAGCAGGAUGUUAAAACUACAAGUACCAUGGGACAAACUGAUCAUGUCUAUUGGCUAUUUAUACAAAUCAGGGUUGAAAACAGUUAUAUAAAAAAAGGAAUUAAUUUAAAGGGUGUUCUUAUUCUGUAGUGGAUCUACCACUGGCAGUCAUUCAUAACAGAAAUGAACUGAUCUGUCAUUUAUUCACAAUAUCUGAGUCCUCUGAUCCUCGUAGUUCAGCUUCCCAUCCCUCUCCACUUCCCGGGUAUGACGUUAGCCCACAAAAAAAGAUCUCCUAUAUUUAUUUGAGCUUUUUUAUUUGAGUGUUAGAGCAUGUGCAAGUGGAGUUAGGAGAUCAAAUGUAUAUAAAUGAUAUACUCAGCUAUUGUGGUUUUCAGAUUAUGUCGUGAAAUAGUAGUUUUAGGGUCUGAUGGACGAGAGCUGUAUAAAGUCAGGUUGUACAGUGAGUGCAUAUCUAUUCCGUCACCAUGGUAACAGUGUUUUUUCAGUCAUCAGUAACUAGGUGCUCCUUAAAGAGUGUCUUAACUGCAGGCUUAAGCUGUGUUUCCUCGCAUGCUACGGCUCUGCUCGACAAGCCUCGCAUUAGCAUAUCACCCCGGGAGACUCAUCUGCGCAAGAUGUGAAGGUCCAGUCGAGCAAAGCUCUAACCAUGCAGUGGGAAUGCAGCAGUAGAAGCAGAGUUUCACUGCCAUCAGUCCUCCGCCCCCCCCGCCCAGCAUGUGUCAGAAGCCUGCUGUGUUGCCCCCGUGUCACUCCCAAUGUCACAGACCAUGAGCACACCUGGAGGUCAGCAAAAAAAAAAAGAUUUCUGGGGCUGUUGACUCGUUAAGCAUUUUAUCAACUAAAAAUCAUACAUAGACAUUAUAGUAUGCACACAAAAACAAAUAGACCACCAAUGAGUUAAAGCCUCUGCAUCAGUGUCCCAGUUCCAUAUGAUGAAUCUAUACAAAGCAAAAAUAUGCACUAUGCACCUUCCUGGUUGUUAAGAUUUUUCUAGUUGUUCCAUACUUACACAUAAAGAAUGACCUGACUGACAUGAAAGUGCAACUUUGAAAACUACUACCAAUUCCAAAAAAGGAAACAAAACAGCAACACAAAUGUAUCAAAGGAUGUUAUCUCUCUAUGAGCUGCCACUGGUGUCUUCACACCACUUCUUUUUCUUCACUAGUUUCAACUGUGAAAAGCUGUUAUGCUGCAUACUGUGCCAGAGUGCCCAGCAUCACACAGAACACUUUGAAGUUUCUUUCUUUUUAUCUCUCCUUUUUCGCUUUGUUACUCAAUCUGAUUUAGCUUAUUAUUCAUACGUAGGCAUUAGCACAUAUAGCAGCAGAUCUACCCAAAAAGAAAUAAUUGUUACAAGUAUUUUUUAAUACUAAAACAGUGUUUGUCUAACACUGAAGUUUAUUUCUACCCUGUAAAAUUGGAACACAUACAGUGUUAGCUUUCACAAAUCCAUUCUCGACUCGGCUAUGUACUUUACAGAGUGGUGCAGUGAGGAAGUUAGCAUCAAAAGGGCUCCCUCAAAUAGGAUGUUAACAUUGGAUGUUGGACAUGUGUAUGACAGUUACACAUUUUGUUCAGCAGAAUAAUCUCCACAUAUACACACCACUUUUGACUGUUGGAGCGUAUACGCAAUCUCCAGAAGUAAAAGCUAACGUUAGGCUCUAAACCAGCCUCAUCACGGUCACACGGCUGCGCAUCGCCACCGCUAAGCUAAAUGCAUUGAAGCUUCGGACAUUCACCUGUGGGUUAUUUACUGCAAAUGUUAUGUCGUAGAACAAAACACGAUUAAAAAACAGGACUUUGAGACGAGGAAGAGAGUUAGCAUGCUGACACCACUGAGUGUCGACCUGCUACAUGCUCUGAACCUGCUUAGUCACUCUGAAGUAUGGAACUGGGACACAGCUGGAAACAGACACAGGGUGGGAUCUGGCCCGAGCAGCGCGAUGAAAAACAAGAGUGCGCUGUUCCUAAGCUGUACUAUUAAAAAACUAAAAACAUUUUCUUACAGCCAGGUCUGAACAGCCAGUGAGAAAAUCCCGUCUGACAUGUUUACCCUCAUAAAACUAAGGCCUCAGAGAGGGGGAGUGAACAAAUAGAAUUGGGCUAUAUUAUUAAUGUAACCUAACUGCUCUACUAGCAUUAGCUUCAGGCUAUCUGUGUGUGUAAGGCUCUGUGAGGAGAGUCCUGCUGGCUGGAUCAAACUGUAAACGUCUCCCAUUAUACGUUUGUAAAACAUGCAAUAUGUAUUACAGCCACUUGGGGGCAGCAGAAAACAACCUGUGAACACAAUCCUCACGUUAUAAGUUGACUCAGUGAACUUGUUAGCAAACAUUUGCCUACAGAGCAACAUUUAUUUGUGUCACCGGAUGAAGGACCAAUAUUCUCUCUCGUUUAGCUCUGCUUGGGCUCUGCAGCUGUUAAACACUCCACUAUGAUCACUAGCUAGUCUGCUAGAAUGAGCAGCUGGACAGUGAAGCUCACUGAAGCUCUGUUUAUACUCCACAAAUAUUGUCUAACCAAUACAUGUUAUCCUCUGGGCUGCAAAGCAAUAUAUACCAUGUAAACAGUUCAUACAAAUACCAUGAUAAGUAGAUAGAAUUAUCUGUGUAUAAAAUGAAAAAUGUGAAUAUUGGUGUGUCCUAUGCACAUGAGGAAUAUACACUGCCUGGCCAAAAAAAGGUCACACACUCUUAUGUUCGUUGGACCGCCUUUAGCUUUGAUUAUGGCACGCAUUCGCUGUAGCAUCGUUUCCAAAAGCUUCUGUAAUGUCACAACAUUUUCGCCAAGAUUGAUGACGGGAGAUUCAGACCACUGCGCAAAGUCUUCUCCAGCACAUCCCAAAGAUUCUCAAUCGGGUUCAGGUCUGGACUCUGUGGGGCCAAUCCAUGUGUGAAAAUGAUGUCUCAUGCUCCCUGAACCACUCUUUCACAAUCUGAGCCCGAUGGAUCCUGGCAUUGUCAUCUUGGAACAUGCCCGUGCCAUCAGGGAAGAAAAAGUCCAUUGAUGGAAUAACCUGGUCCUUCAGUAUAUUCAGGUAGUCAGCUGACCUCAUUCUUUGAGCAUGUUGCUGAACCUAGACCAGACCAACUGCAGCAACCCCACAUCAUAGCACUGCCCCCACAGGCUAAUGACCUUUUUUUUUGGCCGGGCAGUGUAUAUCCCAGAUGACGGUCCACAUCACACUGAAACAGACCUAGCAGGCUCUGAAGGAACAUUUCAGUUCAUAUUUGAUUUCAGUUUGCGCCUACCUCAUACUACUUUGCCAUGAUUGCAUGACAACACUGUGAAAGCAACAUUCUGUGAUUUAUGACUCUUUGAUAAUGUGCAGUCAAGACAAUGCAAGUUCAUCAACACAUCGUGCAUGAGAGGCCUCAAUCCGACAGAAAUGAGUCUAAAACAGAAAAUGAUAACCUGAAGGCCAGUUAUUGAUGUCCUUAGCUCUCCUGCCAAGUGUUUGAAAAUGCGUCAUACUUACUACACUGAAAACACUGAAAUGUUAACUUUAAUUAAAUGUAUAAAAUAUAAAUAUCACAUACCUGUACUAGCUUAGUGAGAGGUAAUAAUAUAAAGCUUAAAUAACAAAUUGGUUUCGGUUCAACUUAAUAUUAUUGCUUUCAACUAGCCUAGUUUGUUGACAUCCAGUGCAUGAUAAUCAAUUCCCUGCACUUUGCUGGCAGUGCUGCUGGAACAAGAAGACAUUCUUAGACAAAUUACAAUUUUGGAAUCCUUUUAUUUCAAACAAUAAUUGAUAAACACAUAAUCUACAUUAUUAGAGCCAUACGGUGCUAAAGCUGGUCAUGUUUUAUCAGACUUUUGUCUCGUUUCUAUUCCCUACAAAAAAUAGUUCAUUCAAUUUGGAUUUCUUUGCACUUUCUGCUAUAUUUAAAUUGUAUUUAACAAUAUCUGUUAUUAAUAGGGACCAAAUAUGUAACUAAGAAAGAAAUGCUGGUUUGUUUUCACUACAUCAGAAUCAAAUGAUGUAAUACAUUUUUGGAUUAACGUUGAUAAAGUGUCCGCACGCUGCUCCCGGUAACAAUUAUAACGUUACGUUCAAGACAGCUCAGAGGUCAAAUUUCCACUAGGUUGAAUUUCACAACUUCUGACCUACAACUUCAGAUAAAGUGACACACUUUCUUUGACAAUGCACAGUAAACCCUAAUAUUACAUACUGGAGAUGGGACAUUUUUUAUUUCCAAGUUGUCUUGAAUGCAGCAUCUAGUUAUCCAACAUUGAUAUGUCUUCCUGUUUGUCCCACUUCCUGUUUCAUACACUGGCUUUUCUGUGGACCAACAUCUUCUUUUGUGAAAGUCUGAUACACAUCAAAAGGACAUUUAUUUUAGAACAAUAUAACAGAUGUUGGGUCCAAAUUUGUUCUUAAGAGAACCGUACAAAAGAUUCAGAACAUUUCCAGAUUUUCUGCCUUGAGUUCCCUAAAAAGCAGGAAGUAUUAUAUGAACCUUUCACUCACUGAACACUCUUGGAUUAAUAAAUAAUAUCUGUUUCUUAAAUUGUUGAAAUGUAUCUCUGUACAGGCACAUGUAGCACAAUAAACACAUUAUUCCAUGUACUGUAAAAAUGACCAAAUGAUCAACUUAUUUUAUUAUUUACUCAGAAGGAUGUGAAAUGAUUUGGUCUUGCUGACAUAUUUAUUUAUUUAUUUUUGUAUUUAUCUUUUUUUGUAUUUAUUUAUUUAUGUACAGGCUGCUUAUAAUAUCUGUUGCAUUAUGUAAACACGAACAUGAUCAGAAUAUAAGUGAAAACAGGGACCUGGUUCAGAGAGAGAAAGUGCUUCUGGAGUCUUCAUCCCCUCAUCGGUCCUCCUCGCAGUGCGUGUGUGUUUUCUAUGAUGUAUGCACUUUAAAAGCCAUGGUUGAGUGAAAUGAUAUUCAGAAUAAGCUGUGUGUACUGCCGUGGUGAGCCAUGGUUUCUCUUAUGAUAAUACAUUUGUGUGAUGUUGUAUCUGUUGCCGUCUAAAUGUGAGGUUCUGUGUUUGAAAAAUUAACAAAUAAAACUCAUCUAUGAUUCAAA